UAUCUAUCUAUCUAUCUAUCUAUCUAUCUAUCUAUCUCUAGUGACACUUGGACACUACCAUGUGCAAGUGUACAUGUUUGUAUUGUGUUGUAGGUGUAAACGCAAGUGCAAUUGUUACUGUCCAGGGUGUAUGUCAUUUGAUUGUUUUCAGCUUCUGGUGAUUAAAGCAGUACAAAAUAAUAUAUUUUUGAUUGUUGAACUAAUAACAUAAUUGUAAAAGAGCAAAUCUGGAUCUAAUCUAAAAUGACAUCAACAAAAAUACUGUUACUUUAUUUGGCACUAGGCAAUUUUUUGAAUAUUUCACUAAUAAUUGCAGUAAAAAAAAACAAUAUGACCUAUACUAAAUAAGAUAAUCCCUGAAAAAAGGCCGAAAGGAAAAGAAGAUACAAGGUAAAGUAGAUCAAUGAUGUAAACAGUAAAAUUUCACGAGGCGUGUUGAAACUCGCGCUUUAUUUUGGUGACAAAGUCUUUAUACUUCCUCUCUGAACACGUCAAAUUCCUGGAGACUUGACGCCACGGUGUGUGUGCAGCCAGUGCUGAACUGUUAUGAUGUGUCAAUAAGUUAAAAAAGGUGGACGGCACCAAUGAUGAGACGCCCGCUGCGGUACCUGAGCAGGAUAUCAGAGGUAUGUUCAGACAUACUGAUAGAGAAGCUCUGCUUUCAUGGCUUUUCUGUGUGUUUUCUACACCUCUCAGUCAGUCACUCUGAAAAAAUAUUAUUAUCGCCGCUGUGGACAUGAUGUCCGCCUUCCGACUUCCCUACAAUUCCCCUGUUUCUCUUCGACAUCACAUUGCCGAGCAGAGCCGCGCAGCCCACAGUGCUGUCACCGCUGCUCCAGCGCUUCCUCUCUUUCUCUCGUCUCAUAUCAACGUUUAAAAUAAAUGGCAAAGCAACUGUUUCCCACUGAGGUGGUAUGAGUCCUCUCCUCCUCCUUCUUCUCCUCCGCCUCCCAUCUGCAUCAAACACACAGCAAAAAGCUGGCGUUGUGUGUGAAACCAAGUGCCGCAACAGCAGCGACAACUCCAGUUGUCAGCAGCUCCUCGCGAAGCUACAGUGCAGAGUAAAAGCCACUGUGAUACUGGUUAGUGCUGUGACACGUCCAGUUAGCAGGCAGCGCAGCUAACAGGCUAACAGGCUACUUUUAUAUUCCUACUAACAGUGUAAGCAAAUGGAGUGGGUGCUCGGCAAAACACCGGACACGGAUGCAUGUGGUCGGACAGAAAAUCCCCACUUUAAUUAAUCACUGUGGCCCUGGUGUCCUCACAGUGGGAGACAUUUCGACGACAUUGUCGCCGGAGAGUUUGACAGGAGUGAAUUACCCCCCCUCCACCACCGCUGUGCUCUACUGUACACGGGUUAUCUCCUUCAAACCCGAUGCAAGAUGGACUCUCAGUCGGCUUGUCCGUCUUGUCAGAGCUCAGAUCGACAUUUUGCACGGGGAUGAAAAAAUGUCUACUUAGAGAGGUCAUCGUCAUUGCAUGACAAAGGCACUGGCAGACUCAUCUUCAUUACUCAUACUGCAUUUUCAUAGUUUCAUCUUCAGUGCGGUAGUACUAUGAAGGGUGGAGGAAGGGGUAAGGAGCCACCUGUUGUAGGGGAGGUCGCUGGUAAGCGCCCCAAACGUAAAUGCCUUCAGUGGCACCCACUUCUUUCCAAGAAGGCUCUGGAUUUCUCUGAAGAGGAGGAAGAAGAGGAUGAGGAGGAACUGGAGAAGCAACCAACCUUGUGUGACCAGGACCAAGGGCCACAAAUGGAGUGUAACAGCACAACAGAGGAAGUGGAAGAGGACUCAAAUGAACAGCGAGCACGGCGUCCAAUGAAUGCCUUCCUCCUCUUCUGCAAACGCCACCGGUCUCUGGUGCGUCAGGAACAUCCUCGUCUGGACAAUCGUGGGGCCACCAAGAUCCUGGCUGAUUGGUGGGCUGUGCUGGAGCCCAAAGAGAAGCAGAAAUACACAGACAUGGCCAAGGAGUACAAAGAUGCUUUCAUGAAGGCCAACCCAGGCUACAAGUGGUGUCCCACCACCAGCAAACCAGUAAAGACUCCUCCCAGUCCGACAGUCUGCAAUCCCCGCAAAAAGGUCUGGUCCUUCUCUUCCAACUUGUCCAAGGAUUCCACCACUGCCAGAAAAGUGCCCAAAACUGACAGCAUGCCACAGUUAAACUUUGCCAUGGCAGAUCCUACAAAAAUGGGAGGCCUUAGCAUGCUGCUAUUAGCUGGUGAACAUGCACUCACAAACAGGGAGAUUCCUUCUAGCACUAAAACUAGUUUACCAGACACAGCUAGUGAAGAAAAGUGUUUUCCAGUGGAUAAAAAAGAGAUGCUGUCUGGAGCAGUGCUGAACGCCAGGCUGGAUGUUACUGAGAGCACUGUCAAGGCUGCUCUUGCUCCUCUGGCUGAGUCAUCCAAUUCUGUGCUACCUGAAGGAAAACCAUGCAGACAGUCAGCUCUAUUCCAGCUUGCUGAGAUGUGCUUAGCAUCUGAAGCAGGAAAGAUGGAGGUAGCUGUAUCUCAGCCAGAGGACAGUUCUUCUGCAGCCUCUGUCCAACAGACUGCAAUUAAACAAGAGGUCAAAGAAGAAAGAGCAAACACUGUUGACUGUCCUCCCUCCUCUAAUAUGUCGGCUGCCUCACCCUCUGUCUCCACUGUCACUUCUACCUCCACUGAUGCCAUUCCCCAACACUUGAGCAGCCAAAACGCAUGUGUCAAAAAGAAGAGCAAGAAAAAGGAGGCAGCCAAGUCACACACUAGCAGCGAGAGUCCUUGUACAGCAAAGAAGACAGUCAAAAAAUGUAAUAAUGCAGAAUCAGAUGUGGACAGUGUUUUUAGUACGAUUGAAGCUGUGGCCAAAGGGGCAUGGAAAGACCCAGAGGAGAAGCCCAAGAAGGAUGUCCAGAGUGAUCUGAGUGGUGUAACAUCUGGAACUCCCAAAAAGAGGAGCAAGCCAAAAGUCAAAACACCUGUGAAAGAGAAAAAGGAGGAGAAGAUGGACACUGACAGUGGGAUGUGUGGACAGAGCAGUUCUUCUGUGGAGGAGAUAAAUGAGGAAAUGACGGAUGUUAGUCCAAACACAGAAGCUGACGACCUAAGUCUCGGAGACACACAGGUUCAGGGCAGUACAGUGGACCUCCAUCAUUCACCCUGCAACCCUUCACCAGGUAAACUCCAAGAAGAUGACAAGGGGAAGGAGGGUGAGGUGACCCUUGAGCCAAACAUGGAGAACCGUGGCUCAAGGAAAUCAGAAAGGAGCUGUAAAGGAGCUUUGUAUAAAACUCUAGUUUCUGAGGGGAUGCUGACAUCACUGAGAGCCAACAUUGACCGAGCAGGUAAAAGAGGAGCUUUCCGUGCUGCUGAUCACGAUGCAAACUGGUCUGAUGACAGCUGGGCUGUUUCACAGUUGGGACCUAAUAACCCCAAGAAGCUGAAGAAGUCCAAGUCCAAGGAUGAGUCGACACAGGGCCUUGGAAAACUGGAGGAGGAGUUUGAAAAGAAGUUCAACAGCCUACCACAGUACAGCCCAAUGUUAUUUGAUAAGAAGAGCACUACUGUUGCAAAGAAGAAGAAGACUGAUGGCUCCACUGUCCAAGAAGAUGCUUCCAAAUUGGGCAAAGGGCCAUCUCCAUGUCAGAAAAAGACUUCAUUCCACAAGAUUGUUAGGAAGCACAAAAACAAGAAGGAGAAACCAGCACUACUACAGAGCAACUCUAUGCUGGAUUCAGCUCCAAAAGCCAAAUCAUGUGCCCCUGUUGCCAUUUUGUGCCCAGAUUUGCAGGGUGCCACUAGUUUGGAGAUGCUAGUUGGUAGCCAGAAGAGAAAAGCUAGAAAGACCAAGAUCACACACUUGGUUCGCACAGCUGAUGGGAGUGUGUCUCCAGCGGAGGAGGACAAAAUGAAGGACAUGACCCAGGAACAGGAUAAGAAGCCAUUACACCAACAGAAUUUAUGCAAUGAUAAAGGGUGCUACAGUAAUCCCAGGGCAGAGGAGGCGCCAUUGAGCACCAUACCACAUGAGCUACCUGCUUUCUUCAGCUUGGCAGCACUCGCAGAGGUAGCAGCCAUGGAGAAUGUUCACAGAGGCCAGAAGGGUUUAGCUGAGAGUCAGAAGAAGGAGCUUGCUCAGACGCCAGUCCUCAUCUCCUGCGCUGACCAGUGAAGCUCUGCUGCUGUUACAAUAAGCCACAACCUGGACAUUGGCAGUGGAGCUUUACUUUCCUCUGUGGUAAGCCCACGCUGAAGGAAGACAUGAACAGGAAGCCUUGAACAGGCUUCCUCUUCAUUGUGGUGAAUUUUGCUUGAGCUUGGGUUCACGGUGGGGGAAAGAGACCCUCUCCUCCUCCUCUUUCUCCUCCUCCCUGCUCUUAGCGAUCUCAGUGUUUUUCUUGAAGCCUUCCUUUGGUUUGAAGCGCGACGUCUUUCUGAAGUCCCUGUCCCCUCGUAGAUGCUCCUUUAGGGCCUGUGGAAGAACCAAGCUGUCUUGUUGUGCAUGGUUUUCCCUAUAACCACAGCUAUCAUGGGUUUAUUGUACACUGCUUUGUCAAAUAGAGGCCAUUUUAAAGGCCAAGUCUUGCAGUUUUAAAAAAAAAAGCAGCAUUUUAGGUAAAGAUAAAAACCCAACAGUGCAUUGGUUUUCUAGAAAAAUACAGCUUGCUGUCACCUUUUUACCUCACACACAAGCCUACUGAAGCGUUCCCUCACCUCUGGUAGAAUACCUCUGUAUUUGAAUAGCUCUCCUUCUUCCCUUCCCUGUCUUUUCUGCUUCAGCCCAAAUGACUUUAACCAGGGUAAAUAAUAAUGAUGAGUAAUCAUCCAUUACCAACUACUUGCAUAGUGUUUCCCGGUGGUGCACAUAUCGUGUACACAAACUGCAAAUAAAUCAUGGUUUGAGUAUCUUAUAUGUAUGUUAAGAUGAUCCUACUGUAAAACAGUAUGUGGUAGCUACACACAUUACUAUGUUAGACUGAAUGCUUCUGAAUACACGUGUAUAGCUUUGCCUCUGAACUAGUGUUCACUGUGUCCCUUUCUAACACCAGAAAGCAGCUCGUCUUAGAAGCUGCUUCUGGGAUGGGGAGACGGUGUGAAAAGAUCAUUCAGAUUUAGCCUUAACCCUCUCACUGAGAACCUAUCUUCCCCCCAAAUACUUCUUGUCGAUGUUAUCACAGUCCUUUUGUCGGCGUGAGGCUUUUUAACCAUAAUGACACGUUUUUGUUUUGUCAAUACUUGAUCUUGUAGCAAUUAGAAUGGAAAGUUCCUUGUGUGCAACUUAUUUCAGAUGUUUAUGUUUAAACCUGUUCUAAUGUGUAGAUGAAGUUUAAGUUUUUAGUUUGAAGUUUAAGGUUUGUUUCUGUUUUUAUUUUGGAGGAGAAGGAGUGAUACAAUGCCUUGUCUCCACCACUGUUCUAACGCUAUAGUCUGCUCUUAGUAGUGUCGUCAGCAUCCCGGCAAAAGCCAGUGGCAAGUUUUACUGUUAAAGGUCAAAAGUUAGUUAAUUAUAAAUUAAUUAUGUCACAUGUUAAGUCCUUAAUGUGUAUAGGUCUCAUGAAAUGAGCAUCUUGGAUAAUUUUCUUUUGGCUUUAGUGUGUGAACAAAGAUUUAUUGUGCUGAAAACAGCCAUGCUUCCUCUAAAGAACUAAUGGAGACGAGGCAUUUAAUAAUGAUUUCCCCCUUUGUUUCCUAUUGUCCUUUAGAGAUCGCCAAGUAAUGGUCUACUCAGAGGUCGCCUUUAAUCAAUAUUUAAAUUUGAACAGGUAUUUAUACUGAGCUGCAUCUCUGUGCUCUCUGUCUUUUGCCUUUGUCAGGAUUUUAAUCAAAAACAGAGCGUUUUGCCCUCAUAGCUCUGCUAACAGCUGUUAGCCGUUAAUUAGCAGCGGAACCUUGUGUUGAUACAGGUGUUUGCUCUGUUCAUCAUAGAGUUUAGCAUAUUACCAAACGUCUGUAUUCUGAGCCCACUGUUUAACCUACAUAUACAACUAAAUACUAUCGUCUGUACAAGAUGAUGGGAUCAAAGACCUGUGUCAUUGUCAUUGUUUAGUUAACGCGCAAAUGCAACAUUCUCAUUGUUCUUCCAGUUUGAUGACUUUUCUUACUUUUCCUCCUGCACUGUCGCACAGAAAUGCAGCACAAUGCUUUUCCUUGGCACAGCAGAGAGCCGUUUACGGUAUGUGCUGGACAAGCCAUUGAAAAUUAUGACUUUCAAAGCACAGCGGUGCCAUUGUCACAUUGUACGCAUGUGAGAGGUUCGUCACGGAGUGAUACACUCUCUCUCUCUGCAGGUCUCCUCUGUGUAGACCAGUAGAUAACUUUCAUGGCCUGUUCAAAGAGUUUUUCUGGUAAAAUUUAGAUGAUAAAUAUAUAAAUAAAAUAUAUAUAAUUUCCAGAUCGUAAGGGGAUCGUGAUUAGGUUUUAAACGGAUUAAUUAAUCAAUAACGUACCUUUACUAAUCUCUUCAUUUUGACUAUAAGUCAGGUCAAUUUUCAUGCAUGUGAUCCUGUUUUUUCUGAUACUUCUCAUUGAAUUUCUGAGGUUACACCUGAGGUCAUGUUUACCAGAUUAAGACUGUUGUCAAAAACAAUAGAUCUCACAGACGAGAGGCUUCUGUGCUCUAGUCCAGGCAGACAAAACGCAGCGUCUCCAGACUUGUCUUUUCACCUGGGGUGCAGCAAUUGCAUCACAGUUUCUCUGAUUGGUGUUAGAAGGAUUGAUGAGGAGCAGUGCUGUUGGACACCUAAUAACAGGACCAGUAAAAAAGAAAGGAGUGGGUCUUAGAGAAGUCUUAUUUUUUGUUUAGUGUUUUACCCUACCUUUAAACUUUGCUAGUCUUAUAGUAGAGAAUGACACUUAGUACUGCAAAACUGAUCGCUUUAAAAAUGUGUCUUCAAAAUGUCAACAAACUAAGCGCAAGUGUAACCCAGUUCAGGUCACAGAGUAAUGUUUCGAUAUAUGGAAUAAGCAGAACGUGUUUAUUUUAUUGUGUGGUUGUAAAAAUCAGGGGUUUUGCAGAAAGUUGUUGUCCAAACAGUCCACUACCAGUGUGAUACUGGUUUUGUUGUGGGAUAUAGAAGCAGGAAAACAUGUUGAACGUGGUCAAUUUCAUUGUGAAAUAACAUGCACGAUAGGUUUGUUCUCAGUCACUUGUACCAAAUGUUAUUUUUUUAAUUAUUACUAUUAUUGAAAUUCUAUUUUUAAGCAGCGAAGGCACUUUUAAAACCAUUGUUGCAGUCCCUAAAAAUAAAUUUAAUAGAGCUACAAACUUGUCAGUGCUAUCAGUUUCCACUGUCUUAUAUAUCUAUAUUUCUAAUCAGUCGGAACAUUUACGGUGGUAGUAAAUAUAAAAGUUAUUUUCUUCAUGUGAUGUUUAUACGUUUUUAAUGUAAAGUUAAAAAAAAUAUUUUUUUCUUUUUUUUAUCUUGAAAGUGAUUAUGAUCUUGGCCUAAUAUUAAACAUUAGAGUAGAUACACCUCAAUUUAAGGCUUUAUGCAGUACUAUUGUUUUUUUAUUAGUGUAAGUUUUAUUUUUUUUAAUUAAUUUUUAAUAUGUUUUCAAAAAGACAAUGAGAUUUUGAUGAAUAAUACUCACCUAGCAUUUGAAAUAUAAACUAUGUUUAGAUGCACAAAUGACUCAAUGAUGGCUUAGAAGGUGACAUUUUACUGUACAUUACAUAAAGUGACUGAGAAAACUGUAAAAUACUGCAUAUGAGACCACAGAGAAGACGUGUCGAUUAAAGGGCUGAAACCACAUGACACUCAGCAGCAGAAUGCAAACAUGAUGCCAUGAUGUCAAGACCAUGGAGUGGUGAAAUAUUGUCUUUCAGAGCAGGUUUUGUGUACCCUGGUGCACAGCCAGUUGUUUACAGUCGUUUACACCCAUUAUGCUUUUCACUUACUUCCUCAAAUUGUACACUGACCCACAGUCCAGACAUUUGCUGGACAUUGACCUAAUCCUGUCCAGAUAAAAGAAAAGUUACGGUAAGGAUGGGAACAUCCAGGCAGUUAACUGAGUCGUUCUUCCACUGGUGGAUUUUAGCAUGGUUCUUUGCAAAAUUGUCUUCCCCCAAAAGACAGAUUUAUUUGCUUUUCAGUUUGACGUUUGCCAAAGAAAAUAAAUACAAAAUAUAUAUUCACAUCCUGUUUUAAGAAAAAUAUUAGACAGAAAAGAAACAAAAAAAAUGUAGGAAGAAAUUUAAAAAAAGGCGAGCCAGAAAGUAAGUUGCACUGCAUUUUUGAGGCGUGUAAAUCUUCAGGUAACAAUGUCAGCACAAUUCACCCUGUGUAUCUAAUGGACUUUCUUUAGUGGAAUGAAGUGCAACAAUACAGCACCACUCAAUGCCUCCUUUAGUAUACAGUAUUUGCACCUUAUGACCCAAACCAAAAUUGUCUUCAUCUUUGGAAAAAAAAGAGAUGAAUAUAUAUAUAUCUAUAAAUUUUUACCCACUCUUUGGAAAAUAUGCAUUUUAACUAUUCUAUAUGAGAGAAUCCAGUCAGUAAUAAAUCCACACAUCUACAAAACAGCCAUACUACAUUCAUUCCUUCACCCUGUCACUUUUCUAUCUAGAAAAUGCUUCUAUAAAGUUGAAAUUCCUAUAUUAGUUACCUAAAUGAAUAUAAUACCCUUUUGUGCUCGUACUGUCUUCUUGAAUGUAAUCAUUUUGUACCUGUAUUUUUCUAAUUCAGUCUUGAUUGUACUGUAUGUAUGCUAUGAUGGUAUACUGUUCCUUAGGUGCAUAGACACAACCAUUCUCAUGACAGGAACGGUGCUGUGCUGCAAACUCAAUGGAAACGAGUGACCAUUUCAGGUCCAAGGGACUUAAACUGUACCAUGUGAGCAUUCAAGAGAGAUUCCGGGCGAUUUUUGCUGUUUAAGUGGAGCAACUAUAGCUUCCCUGAUCUGGUUACAAGUGGGUUUUUUGUUGUUGUUAUGCUUUGCAGUAGAAGUGAAAGUCUGUGUGGGACAGUUUAUGAAACGGGGCGCUCCUGCUAUCAGACAGAGCAACUGAAUGCACGAGUCUCAUCUUAUUUAUUACUGUUCCUUUUUUUUAGAUUUAGGAGAUUACACAACUGAAUAAUAUGCACCCAUUUAUAUAUGAACAUGUAUAAGAUUAUCUACCCUUUACUGGAAUGUAGAUCACGGCUCUAUUUUUUUGUUAGUCUGUGAAGAGGAGAUGAUGCCUGAUCUUUGAGUCUCUUUCCUGUGAUAGUUUUUACAACAUGUGCUUCAUCUAAUUUAUCUGAUGGGUAGUCAUCAUGACAGAUGCGCGUAUAGUAUGUGUUUUGAUUGUCACAUCCCACUUGUUAAAUGCAGCCUUAAUGGAACCCCUGCUUAGUGAGGGAUCCCUCAACCCCCCAUCUCCCCUGCCCCACCAACAACUCCUAUGUCAUAACACUGUUUGCUGAUGCAACUAUUAUUCCUUUUACACUUUCUGCUGACGCAAUUAUUACUUCUUGAACACCUAUUAAAAUGACAUCUAUUCCAUCUGUGUGAAAUUA